ACCAAAUGAACCGCCAUAUUGCAGUCAUCUGAUCAUAUUUUGACGUGACAACAAUGUCGGACUCUGAAGGGAAGGAAGCAGGGCCUCUUAGUCCUUACGACUCCAUGUUUCGGACACAGAGUGCGCUGAGUGACGUAGCGCUCGUUGUUGAAGGAAAGGCCCUACAUGUGAAUACAUGUGUGCUAUCUCACUUGUCUCCUGUAUUUCUGAAGAUGUUUGUGGGGGAAUGGAAAGGGAAGACAGAGGUUCCUAUCGCAGACAAGAAGUACGACGACUUUGUGGAGCUACUGCUAUGUGUCUACCCGCCAUUCUGCAAGCCCAUCUCCAUGGAAACACUCGACGCAGUUCUGCCGCUCGCCGACGAAUACGGGAUCGAGUCUCUCAAGCUGCGGUGUGAGGAGUUUGUCCUAGCACGCUUCAAUCACAGGGUUAAGGAACUGAACAAUCCACCCAACAAAGAAUUAGUUCAUUUCCUCUACCUGGCGGACAAGUACAAACUGAACACACUUUUGGAAGCUUGUAUUGAGAAGGUGAAACACCGAUCCUAUGAUGGGGAACACGGCGUUAAAAUGUUCAACGAAUUUGGAUUGGUGUCAUUAGAAGUUAAAUAUAGGGUCACAUCUGAAAGAAUGACCCUACUUGAGGCCCCUCUCAGGUCUUGUCUUUCAACACGAGGUCAUCAAGUGAUUUCAAACUACAGUUUUGAUUUUAGGAAGGUUCAUGAGUACUUUAUCUUUGAUCCGAAGGUUGCUCAGUUGAAAUAGAAACAGAAAUGGUUUACAACAGCGGGAACAGAACCCCGCGAGAUGCCCGUACACACCUUGACGAGCCAUCAGCUGAAGCAGUGAUGAGGAUACCCGAGCUGGUUCUAAUCAAAGAACACGGGAUGUGCGAUUAAUUUUUAAUCCAAAAGAAAAGACACGUGUGAACACUAUAGCUUAUCUUUUUGCAGAUUACAUUAGACUGAUUGUCUGCGAACAAUUGUAUGAACGAUUGUCGGUAUUGUGUCCACCACUAUCAUUUUACUGUUGUAUUAAUUCAUGUACAUUCCUACAGGCAUCGGCUGAUGCACACAUGAGACCCUUCUGUGGAGGACACCAUUAUAAUUACACCGCCAUGCUUCCAGUUGGGCUUCUUGUUGUAUAGUGGACACUUUGUGUCACCACCAUUGCAGUAAUCUGUUUGUGACUUCAUCACGAGGCUGAAUAUCUGAUCACACUGUCGGCCAUGUGGACGGUGAAAUACAAAUCUUUCCAAACAUUGUUUUUCUUCGAUUGUAGAUUGUUAUUGAAUUAUUGGGGAACAUGUACAGAAAUAAAAUAUCUUAGAAUUUCUCUGCAUUUAUUUCAACACUCAAACAAAUCUGCAUAAGCAGUCAUAAUUUCGUACGAAACACAGCAAGAAAUGAUAUGAUGAUGAUCUACCAUCCCGUCACCUGUGGAAGAACUGUAAACCAUGGAUGUGGUCCACGUGCAGUUUGAUUCCAAACGUUUCAAUUUACACCCGACACGUGAAGAUCCCGGUUAGAAUCUUCGGCAACCCAUGCUUGCCGUGAAUGGCGACUAUGCUUGUCGUAAGAGGAGACUAACGGGAUCGGGUGGUCAGGCUGGCUGACUUGGUUGAUGCA